AUGAAACGGCAGGGGAAUCCUUUAUGGGGGCGCGUUCAUCAUUCUCCAUUCUAUAAGAACGGUCGUUGGCGCUCAAUCCUCAAUGUGAUCUGGAGUGUUGCCGAGUCGCUGGGGAUCACACUUGUCUACAAAAAGGUUGAUGACACAGACACUUCUGGCUACCAGCCAAGAACACCGAAGACCAAGCCUGCUAUUGGAGUAAGCUACCCUUUAACCAUACUGGAUAAGCGAUAG